GAAGUUGGAUCGUCUGGAGAAGAAAAAGAAAAAGAAAGACAGAAAGAAGAAAAAGCAGCAAAAGAAAAAAAGCAAAAGUAAACACAAGAAACAUAAGAUGAGAUCCUCUUCCUCAUCCUCCAGUGAGACUUCAGUAAGCAGCAGUGACAGCGAGACUGACAGCAGAGAUAAAGCAGCACAAAAGAAGACGUAUUCUAAGAAAAGAAAAAAAGACAAGUUUUCAGAAGCUAGCAGCAGCAGCGACUCAGAAGGAAAGGCAAAGACGAGGAGGGAAAAACUUUAUGAAGAUCUUUCCAGUAGUCACAGUAACAAGGACAAAGACAGGGAGAAGUACGAACUUUUAAAGCAAGAUAGUUCUGCGGAGAACAACAAAUGGAGCUCCUGUGAGGGGGAAAGAAAGUCCAAAAGCAGGUACCAUAGCAUGGACAAGAGAGAAACUGAAAGAAAGGAGAGUGAUGGCAGAAGCCAAAGCAUGGAUGAGAGGAGCAGGAGAAGCCCUUGCAGAAGUCACAGCAUUUCCAGGCAACGACAAAUGAGAAAAAGUCCAAGUCAAAGCCCUGGUGAAGAGCGGCACAGGAAAAAUGAAACCAGAAGCCCCAGCACAGAUGUGCACAGAGAGAAGAAAAAAUGUAGAGAGAGCUAUGGGGACAAGUGCAGUAAAGUGGAACACAGAGAAAGGAGCAGACACAGUAGAAGCAGAAGCAGAGAGAGGAAAAAAAACAGAUAGUUUAGGGGACAGGUGCAAGCAAGAAUGUCUCCAUUUUCUGAUUCAUACCUUUAACAAGGGCUCAAUUAUGUAUUGCUUUUCAUUUUCCAACCUCUGUAACGAGCAUUUCCUACAUAAAGCCAACAGCAUUAUUUCUGUAAUGUUGGGAUAUUUGUAAAUUAGGUAUAAAUGUUAUGGGAUUUUUCUUAUUAUUUAAAUA